GUUUGUGUAUACGUCACACCGUUGUGUACAUGCGAGGUGUGUAUGACGAUCCACACCUGUAGUCGCCCUGUGCGGUAUUUAUUGUUUAAAAUAACGACGGUUUGGCAAGUUUAGGAUGCUGAGGCUGCGGUGCAAGGCGAGGAACGGGACACACUUGAUGCAGGGCUUGACCCUGCAGUCCUGCGUUCAGGAGCUGAAAGACAAGGUGGAGCAGCUGACUGGUAUUCCGUGUGAUGUUCAGAAGAUCAUGGUGGGCUAUCCGCCCUCCAGCCUGGACCUCCACAACGUAAACGCCCAUCUCAACGACUACCCUAUCAAGUCAGGUGACACACUGAUCGUAGAGGAGGAGAGGACCAAGCCCAGGCCCCAGCCGGCCGUUUCUGUCUCCAGGGGCCCUCGGCGUCUGGAACUGGCCCCUGUGCUAACGCGACGCGUGGUCCCUGCCGACAACUCCUGCCUGUUCACCAGUGUGUUCUACGUGGUGGAAGGGGGCGUCUACAGCCCCUUGUGCGCCCCUGAAAUGCGCGCCCUCAUCGCCCAGGUGGUGUCCAGCGACCCCGUCUCGUACUCCCAGGCCCUGCUGGGGCGGAGCAACGAGGACUACUGCGCCUGGAUUCGGCGGGACGACACGUGGGGCGGGGCCAUCGAGGUGUCCAUCCUGUCGCAGUUCUACGCGUGUGAGAUCUGCGUGGUGGACACGCAGUCUGUGCGCGUGGACCGCUUUGGCGAGGACGCGGGACACGCCCGCAGGGUGCUGUUGAUCUACGACGGGAUCCACUACGACCCGCUGCAGAGGGAGACCCCCGGCUCGGACGCCCCGCCCCAGACGGUGUUUUCGGUAGCGGACGACGCGGUGCUGGCUCAGGCUCUGGAGCUGGCCGCCGAGGCUCGCCGCCGCAGGCAGUUCACGGACGUCAACCGCUUCGCGCUGCGGUGCAUGGUGUGCCAGACAGGCCUGGUGGGGCAGACUGAGGCCCGCGAACACGCCAAGGAGACCGGGCACACCAACUUUGGAGAGGUGUGAGAGCCGAACCCCCCGCCCCCCUCACUGCCCUCAUCCACGCCUCUUUACCCCUCUCCUCCCCUCCAUCCUCUACCUCACCCAGGGACUCCGUACAGGGGAAUCCUCUCCACCCCUUCAGUGUUACUCCCAGCUGCUGUCUGCUACAGACCUGCCUCAGACACAUACAGUAACUGUGUUGGAUUGAAAUAGUUUUCUGUGCUCUAUUGAUUGAUUUCCUCAGUGUAGUUGAGCCAACCAAGAGGACCAGGAUGUGGGAUUGUGCACUUUUUGAGAGGUUCAAAUACAGCAGACAAGCUCAGUAAAGCCUGGAAAAGUCUUUGAAUCCAAAACAAUUACAUAACUCACCCAGGUCUUGUCUGUUACCAAGUGCACCUCUGUCACUAAAAUUACUGUGAUUACUUUCGUUUUGCCUACUGUGUGGAUGCGUUAUUGUUUGAACAUUUAGCAUUUUACAAUUUAUUGACUACUGGUCAAGGUUAAGCUAAACCUGGAUACGUGUUUACUCUCUAGACUUUCCUACAGCAUUACAGCACAAGUUGUGUUUUCGCACUUUAUCCAGAGAGAAAAUGACCUCAUAUACCAUAUUCCACAUAUAUUUCAAGUACACUGUCAGGUCAGUUACACUGCAUUAAACCACAGGUGUUUAUUUAAUGAACGAUUCUUUGCUGGUACAUUCAAAAAAAGUUGAGUUGUUUACAUUGUUUACAAGACAAAACUGGAGCUUUGCUGUUAUGAACAUUAAUAUUGACUUUGCUGUAGCAGCUGUGUUUCAGACUUGAACCAGUCGGUUAUGCAAAAAUACUUUAUCACUGGUGGUUUCAGGUUGAUAAGUGAUGGUGUGAAAUGGCCUGAUUUGCCUGAUCCAGUAACUGGAUGAUUGGUUUUUAUUUGUGCCAUGCCAACUUUAGCCUUUGUAUUUCUGAUUGUAGUGGAUGGCUGUAAAAACAUGAGAUGGUCCAUGGUCUUAACAAAAUUCUACUUUUUGCCACUGAGUUAUUUGGCUGGUGCCAUUUUAGAUUUUGUUUGUUUGUUUGUUUUGCAUCAUCUUAUUUGACAAGCUGAACAUAAUACAGAUCUCCAUCCUGGUGCUUGUUAAUUAUUGGGUGGUAUGAUUGUAGAAUCUGAAGUGGUGAGCUG